UGCGACCUGCGCCCGCCGCGCGCCGCCUUCGCCCACUGCCUGCCCGGCAGCACCAGGGCUAAGACCCACGUGUGUGUGGAGCAAUCGCUUAUUUUCAGAAAUAACACCCCAUAUCCUGCGGAAACCGUCACUGAUUCCAGUGGACAGACUCGGCUGUUCUGUGUGCAGCUGAACGACUNAAAGCUGAACUAUUUUCAGCAGCCACAGGAGGUUACAGAAUCGAAUUUCCCAGUGCUUUUGGAGCAGUAUGGUGGCCCAUCCUUUGUGUCACCAUCACAACCCAUGCCACCCCCCUCUGCCUUUUACCGGGUGGGUGAUCCAAUCCAGACCUACUUUGUUGCCUCAUCUGUAGUGAGCACACUCAGGCAGCCAGUUGGGAUGGGAGCCAGUAGGCUUUGUGUUGACAGCAAUCCUGCUGGUUUCCUGGAGAGCAAAAGCACAAAUUGUACUCGGACUUUUACAAACCUGAGUAGCAGUUGCACCACUGACCCCGCACUAGAUGCUGCCUCGUAUUACCGUGACUUCACCGUGCUAAAGACCCCACUUAAUAUGACUGUCACCCAGUCCAUGCAGGUGAAAGUCACCCCUCUCAUACAGCCCGGAGCUCCCCAGAUGCAAGGCAGUACCUGUCACAAUAUUGUUUCUGAGGUGAUCUACAACAUCGAGUUUAAUGGGACCCAUGGAAUCCAGAAUGUUUCUGUCCAGUUCAAAGUGACCAAUAUUUCUGAGGCCUGGGGAUCCUCUCUGCAGCAGCACUUCACAUUGCACUUUUGGAGUAGAACCCCUUCACCUACCCUGCCCAGAAGUGGAAACCCUGGCUAUAUCACUGGAGCACCACUCUUGGCUCUACAAAAAGGUGUCCUGCGUCAUGUGACCGUUUUACAGGGCCAGGGUGAUGGAAUAUGUUCACAGUCACUCAAACACACAGUACUGUUUGGAAUGAAUGUGAGGACAAGCUGUAAGCUCAGCAUAUCCCAAGGGAUGGAGGAUGGAAACUGUAGUUACCUCCAGGACCAGUUAUACCAGGCUCUCCAAGAGGUGAGCAGCCCACAGGGCCUGGCCAUCACUGGCAAUGCUGAUCCAGCCCAGCCCGGAGACUGGACUGGCAUUCUCACCAAGAACUGCAGCAUGCAGGCUGGAGUAUGUGCUUCCUGCUGUGUGGUUCCCGUGUCCUUGGAGAUCCAGGUAUUGUGGGCAAAGGUGGGCCUCUUGUCCAACCCACAAGCACAAGUGCUGGGAGCACGGUGUUCGUAUCAGUGCCGGUCCCUACAGUCCUUCAACGUGAGUGUGGUGCCUUUGACAACUCUCGUCACUUUUAUUGACUUGACAGAAUGGCCAGAGCAUCCACGUGGCCAACCCACCCCAUACUGGAAACUCCCAUUUGACUUCUUCUUCCCCUUCAAGGUGGCCCUGAGCAGGGGUGUGGCCUCUCACGGGGGCCUGCCUGGUGCCCUCGUGGUGUCUCUAGCUGUCUGGAGCAUUGUGAGCUUCUGAGGAGAGUGAAGGAACAGGAGGAGUCUGAGGCUUUGCUCUUCCUGCCAGUGUUUCCAUGUGGACAGGGCCUGCCUGCAAGCGCAUCCAUCCCUGAUGUGCCCAGGUAUGACGUUUGAUGCCUGUUCUCACCUGGUUGAGACCAUACUGAACAGUUCCAGCUUGUCCCUGUGAACAGGGGACAAACGCAGGCAGGCUGAUAGAUGGGACCAUUGUUGCAGAGAGAUCUGUCAGUGCAAUACUACCAUCAGAAUGUGAUCCAGGCCCGAGCCGCUUCUUACCCGGAUCCUUUCGUUGUGGCCACCUUCAUAGUACCACGUGCCUUUCACAUAUGCAUUUGGUUGUGUGACUGACAUCUACCAGGUGUCGGUGGCCUUCUGACUGCGGAAUCUGUAAAGCCCAGGGAUGCCCCUGAGGGACAGGAGGGAGAAGGGGCAGUCUGCAUGUGAAACGAAGGGGGGGUGGGGAAAGUAGUUCUGGCCAGAUGGAAAAGGUCCUGCCAAGGCCAAGCAGUUCAGAGAAGAGAAGCACAGCUUCCACUUCUGGAGGUGCCCGUGCUUAGCUCCCUUAUCUUUAUCCCCAGGGGGGGCUUACACGCAGUUGUCUGUGCAUGAUAUUUCUCUAGGGAAGAUCUGUGUGAAACCUAGUGCCUUGUGAUAGCCUUAAAAUGCAUCACCCCUUCUUUGUAGUCCCUUGGCUACUGCUGAAGGGGUGCUGCACACAUGCACCUGCCCAGUGCCUCUGUGCCAGCUUGCGACUGAUUUUGUAGUAACUUUUCAAAUAAAAGUUUCUGAGUUGUUUCAUGAAACUCGUUUUAUUGACAAGAUGAGUGUGAGACUCAGAGGUCCAUAGAUGCCCUGUCCCUUGGGAAUCAGAACCACUGCUGCUCCCAGCUGGGCUUCCCUGGCAGUGAUAACCACCAUGUAAUGUGCUGGGUUGAGCCAUUGGGGGUGAUUGGAGUGUGUGGGGGGAGUAACGUGACUUUAGAAAAGGUGUGCGAGUGUAUGAUGGAACUGUAGUCUGCCACAAGAGGUGGCCUAGGGCCCUGGCUUCACAGCUCAAUAGCAGGGGUCAGAAUACCGUUGUAAGACUAAGGGAAAUAUUUAGAAUCAUUUAAUAUGACCUCCCCAGCCACAAGGGAUUCAGAGUCCAGUUGCCCACCUCCCAGAGAUAGCUGUACGUUCUGGGCUGUAGGAGAGCCUGGGGAAGACCUUCCAGCUCCCACUUUGAAAUGACUAUAGAAGAGCCAGAAAUUCAAGGGCGGUGGGACAAGAAAGCAGGCAGGAUGGAGCAUUAGUGACAAGGUCAUUCCUCACGGGCAGCGAGUCCAGCAAUAUUAUGCACCUUACGUCAGAGCAGAGAGUCUCGGCUAGAGAGCCGUGGCACCUCAUGGUACUGUAACGUCCUUGCAGGAUGCUGCUCAGUGUUAGCUUCAAGACACUCUGGUCAGUUAAGGUCCUGGAUCCUGAGGCAGACAUCUGUGCUACAGGAAGAGCAGCAGCUCAGACGACCUCCUGUGUGUGGUUUUUCCUGUUGAUUACUGCUAGGGGCCUCUAGUCCCGCUGAGCCACCCUGCAAGGGAAUAACUUCCUACUCUGUGUGGGAAGUGGAGAUGCUGUCCCUGAAUUGCUCUGGAAAUGCUUCAGGUUCCUUAUAGACUAUACGGGGACCCUAGGCACAGAACCCUGACUUUUGGGAUUGCUGCCUGGGGUAAAGCACCUAACUUAUAGGCUGGGGCUAUCCAACUGGCCACAUGUGGCCCACAAGGGGUUAACAGGCAGGCCACUGCUGCCCCUUGCUCUGGCUGCAGUAGCAGCUUGGGGCUCCCCUUCCACUGCCUGGCCCAGCCCGCAGCACAGCCUGCGGUGCCAGGAGGGCUGGCAGCCCAGUGUGUCCGUGUGGCACCGUCCCAUGGGAGCCUGCAGGCGAGGCAAAGUGCCACGCUGUGUGGGGCGGUGGGUGGAGGAGCACUUGCCUGUUUGGCAGGCAGCCUGAGGGCCCAUUGUUCCUGCUGGUGUGGCUCUGGGGCAUGUAGCCAUGGGCCUUUAGAAGUUGGACAGUCCUGUCCCAGGUAUUGCAGUGCCUCAGUGAAGGCAUCCUGGGGACCAGCCUCCACUUGGUCCCUCGUGCUUGAGAGCUGCAGGGAUGGUCUGGCACGGUGUGGAGGAUGCAUUUCAAUUCUUCACUUGGGAGUUUCUAGAGAGAUGCAUUGAGCUGCUGCCUGUCUUCUGGAAGGGCACAGGCAGCAUGAGGCAACC